CUGCGCUCCUCCUUUGGUCGACAGCCGCGCUUUCCCGCUCGCGUCGCAGCCUCCGGUGCCACCGCCGCCUCCGCCAUGCCCAACAUCGUGCUCUUCAGCGGUAGCUCGCACCAGGACCUGUCCCAGCGCGUGGCCGACCGGCUGGGCCUGGAACUGGGCAAGGUGGUCACUAAGAAGUUCAGCAACCAGGAGACCAGCGUCGAGAUUGGUGAAAGCGUGAGGGGCGAAGAUGUCUACAUCAUCCAGAGUGGCUGUGGAGAAAUCAAUGACAACCUGAUGGAGCUCCUCAUCAUGAUCAACGCCUGCAAGAUCGCGUCAUCAUCCAGGGUGACUGCCGUAAUCCCGUGUUUUCCAUACGCCCGACAGGAUAAGAAGGACAAGAGCCGAGCUCCGAUUUCUGCGAAACUUGUGGCCAAUAUGCUCUCGGUCGCUGGGGCUGAUCACAUCAUCACCAUGGACCUGCAUGCUUCUCAGAUCCAGGGCUUCUUUGACAUCCCGGUGGAUAACCUGUACGCGGAGCCCGCCGUCCUGCAGUGGAUCCGAGAGAACAUUGCUGAGUGGAGGAACUGUAUCAUUGUCUCGCCCGACGCCGGGGGAGCCAAGAGGGUCACGUCGAUUGCAGACCGGUUGAAUGUGGAAUUCGCCUUGAUUCACAAAGAGAGGAAGAAAGCAAAUGAAGUGGACCGGAUGGUUCUGGUGGGCGACGUGAAGGACCGCGUGGCUAUCCUCGUGGACGACAUGGCUGACACCUGUGGCACCAUCUGCCACGCCGCGGACAAGCUGCUCUCCGCCGGAGCCACCAAGGUUUAUGCUAUCCUUACACACGGGAUCUUCUCUGGGCCAGCUAUUUCCAGAAUAAACAACGCCGCCUUUGAGGCUGUUGUCGUCACAAACACCAUUCCGCAAGAGGACAAAAUGAAACACUGUCCCAAGAUUCAGGUCAUUGAUAUCUCGAUGAUCUUGGCAGAGGCGAUCCGAAGAACGCACAACGGUGAAUCCGUGUCCUACCUGUUCAGCCACGUCCCGCUAUAGGCCCGGACGUGAGGUGUGGAGCAGGCCUGCUCGGGCCGCUGCCUUGUGUGCGUUUGCCUGACUUUAGUUUUAGGACUCAGCAAUCCUAGGAUAAUGCAAAAGCGUCCGAUCUUUGUACCCUGCAAGAUCCAUUGUUUCCCCCCUCUCAAGCUCAAGACCAUUUACUUCUGGUUUGGGAGGGGGAAGGGGAGGGUGGUGGUUAUCUGAUCUUUUUACGUGAACUGUCCUUAAGGUCAUCCUGGCUCAUUCUGACAGGUGACCUUUCUUUUGUUUUACCAGUACUCCGAGGCCACAACUUUCAAGUAUGUAAUUCCACUGCGGAAGGUCAUAGUCUGUCUGUUUCGAGGUCGCCAAAGGUGACUUCAGAUUAAAGCCUUCUGUGUAAAUACUGAUAAUGCCUAUGGACAUUUGGGUCAAACCCUGUAUACAGAAUUAGCCUUUUCCUUCCGAGUGCACCUUAGAAAAUUUAUAAUACCCUGAAUUCGGUUGGGUUUUUUUUCUUUUCUUUUUAGUAGCCAGGUUUCAUAUAAACCUUUGUUAUCGUGCUCAAUUUGACCAAAUUUUAGGUAGCUUCAGAGGGCUGCUGACACAUUUACUUUCUGAUAAACAUUAGACAUUAUCACAAGCAAUUCAGCAUUUCUUUGGUUGUUGUUGCCACUGCCGAGAAACGCAUUAUAACUGCCACUUACCUGAAAUGUCGCGUUCUGAAAUUCCAAAAUUAAUGUUCAGCAAUGGAUCUGACUGAGAAAGUGUCAAGAUAGACCCUACAGGCUCGCUGGUGCCACUCAUGCUGCGCUCUGGCCAUCUGAGGCGGACAGCUCUGCAAGCGGCAACUCCGUCCUACCAUCUUGUUUUAUGGCCUCUUUUUAGCUCUAGCUUUUACUUCGCCUUCUUUCCAAUAAUCUCACGUUGUGUGUUUCCACCAAAACCAAGACUCCCCUAAGUUCCCUCAGGCUUACUAGUGUCUGUUCGUUAUUUGUUCCUGACAUCAUAAAAAGGCGAAUUUUUGUGAGUACCACCAAAUGCUUAUUUAAACAUCACCUCCUUCGUUUUGAUUUAGUAGUCUUUUGCCUUUUGUAAUCAGAAGUAGCAGGUCUCCUAGACAACUGAUUGUUUUAACUAAAACUGUUACAUGAAAAAUGUGGGUAAGAAAGGCCUACAAAGAAAGUACAAAUAAGUAAGCAUUAAUUGCUUCAUUGAGAUAAGGUUCGAGUGGUGGCCCAAGAGUGAUCAUGGAGGCAAAGAUUGCUUUAUCCACAGAUGGCGCUUGACAGCAUCUUCCUCAGUGGGGUGCAUCCCUAAGGCGAGCUUUGACUCCCCAUGAGUCUUGGUAGAUGCACACUGGUGCACAACCAACUAAAUUCUUCAGCCCGGAAAGAAGAGAAUUUGCCUGCGUAGACAAAGGCUGGGAAUAAUAACAAUCCCUCCCUUCUGCUGAAUCUUAAAACUUGAAGAGAGGAAAUUGCCUGAUCUAAGUUUUGCAGGUGGCAAAACCAAAUCUUUAAGUCACUUGAGCAGCAAUUUUUAAGAUUUCAAACUUCAGUCCAGCGGAGGUUGAAGUUUAGCAAGCAUCGUGUUGGUCAUUGCAGAGACCGGCAUUUUGCUGUACCUUAAAAUGGUUUUUGAGAAAAACAAUGGCAUUCUAGCCUGGUAGAGUCAGCUAUGCGAUACCGAUUGGCUCUACCUAGGAAGAGUUGACUUGAUAAUGUAAAGAGCCUCCUUAGAUGUAUGUAAUUUUUAGUUUUGAUAAAUGAGUGAUAUCUAUUUCUUGGAAUUUCUAUGCAAAGACAGAUGAAAAUGUAGUUACAGACACACGCAGGUAGACGGCCUUGGCAUAUAAGUGUAGACAUGUUGACAUGACUGACGAGAGGUGAUUUAAACGUGAUCAUUUCGUCUUCAGAUUGAGUCUAAGAUACAGAGCUAGUUUUAAAAUAAUCCUCAGAUAAAAAUCUGCAUUGUCAUCGAAUUAACUGACUUUUUCUCUCUUUUGGCCUCACUUUUUGUUUUCAAGUAGUUCUGCUAUAUUCACUAAUUCGACUAGACUUGGCCAUACACGGGGGCAAUGUAGACCUCAACCAUUUGAUGGUUUCAGCUGCAGAAAGAUGAGGGGGGUGGCCUCAGGAGCGGCCCAAUCGCAGAACUUGUGUAUCCCUUGCCCCUGGUGUGCAGGCAUUCAGGGAAACCACCCAGUGUAUCGGUUCUGUCCAACUCUGCCUAAUGGGCCUGGACUCACGGAUAUCUAGCCGAAAAGGGGAGCCAGAGAAGUACACGCAUACCAAAGCUGCUCGUCCUCCAACUUAAAUGAUAUUAAUCAACCUGCAGAUAAUUCAUACUAGAACUUGCUUUGUUUAGAUGUCCCUUAGAUUCAGGAAUGUAUCAUUUGCAGUGCUUGUAUUGGUUUAGAACAUACGAUUUUAAGAUCAUCCACCACUGUACUAAAACAUUUCAAUAAAAUCAUGCUACUUCUUUCUAUCA